GAUAAAUAUUUCACCCGCGCUGCUUGAGAGUUUUGUGAGUUCGCUUACCAUUCAGGAAAAAAACAUCAACACAAAAUAUGGAUAUUUGAUAGGCACAAAGUAGUGACCCAACGAAAACCUAUUUGUUUGGGCAAAUAUUCAGCGAUUUUCGGAAGUUUUAAUUACUCGGCGACAGGUUUCUCUCUCCGUUCACCGCACGUUUUUUUCAUUCGACUCGGAACGGCUGUUGUUGUUUUAGUGAAGCACACCUACAAAAAAUACAAAACCACUCACACACACGCGAAACAUACACACGGUUGUGAUUUGGCGCGCUCUCUGUGUGCGUGUGUACAUACAACAAAAAGCAAAAAGAAACGAAUUUCGGAGUGCAAAGAAACAGAAAUCGGCAAGCGAGAAAAUCGGAAAGCCAAAAAACCAAAACAGUGCAAGUUACAGUUUCCACAAACCGAGGAAAAACGAGAAAAUUCCACUUUGAUUUCAAAGAUUUUAGCCUGCGAGCGUGUGUGUGUGCAACAGCAACAAAUACAAAUACCAGCGCAGGGCAAGGAAAGAAGAAGAGGAGCAGCGCAAAGCAGAAGAAGAAAGAUGAUGUAAACUUUGUUGUAACCAAAAAAUAAAAGUAACGAAUAAAGCGGAGCGAAGAGGAAAACGGGAAAAGUUGUGCUUCGAAUCUUCCAAUCUUCCAAUCUUCGCGUGGUUUUGGGAAUUCUUCAAAAUGCCAGAAACGGAGCUGGAGAGUUGCAACAAGGAGUGGCUGCAGUCGCAGCUGAGGUCCCUGGACGCCAAGGAGCUGAUUCUGCUGGACUGCCGGGGCUCCCACGAGUACAGUGAGUCGCACAUCCGCGGGGCCGUGAACCUCUGCAUCCCCAGCAUCGUCCUGCGGCGCCUGGCCCUCGGGAAGAUCGACCUGGCCUCCACGAUCAAGUCGCCCGAGCUGAAGGAGCGCAUCCAGACGGGCUACAAGCUCUGCUGGUUCGUCCUGUACAACGGCGAGGGCGUGGGCGGGCAGAACCAGGAGAUCACCGGUCCCGGAACCUUCACCGUCGCCAUGGACUCCAUCAUCACCAUCCUGCACCGUCGCCUCAAGCAGGACGGCUGCCGAGUGGUUACCCUGCGAGAUGGCUUCUCCAGUUUUCGCCAAGCAUUUCCGGAAUGGUGCGAGGAUGACAACCAGGCGCACAACAAAGAAAUGGAAUCUAGUCGCAAUGUACAGACCGAUCAGCUAAUGGGUCUUAGAUCCCUACGCAUUUCCACAACGCAUUCCGACUCAGCGUGCAGCAGUUCGGCAGAAUCGUCGGAUUGCGAAAGCACCGGGCACUAUCACCACCACCACCAUCAUCAUAACUACAACGAGGCGCCUGUGGAGAUAAUUCCGGGAUUAUUGUUCCUGGGAAAUGCCUCCCACAGCUGCGACUCGAAUGCAUUGCAAAAGUACAAUAUUAAGUAUGUGCUGAAUGUGACCCCAGAUUUGCCAAAUGAGUUUGAGAAGUCGGGCAUCAUCAAGUAUCUGCAAAUUCCGAUCACCGAUCAUUAUUCACAAGAUUUGGCCAUGCAUUUUCCAGAUGCCAUACAGUUUAUAGAGGAAGCGCGGUCCGCCAACUCGGCAGUGCUGGUCCACUGCCUGGCCGGGGUCUCGCGUUCGGUGACCGUGACGCUCGCCUACUUGAUGCACACCCGUGGCCUGAGUCUCAACGACGCCUUCAUGAUGGUGCGGGACCGGAAGCCGGAUGUGUCGCCCAACUUCCACUUCAUGCAGCAGCUGCAGUCCUUCGAGAGCCAACUGCGCCUGAGUCCCGCGGACGAGCAGGCGAUGGACACCAAUGUGGGUCUGGUCCUGGCACCUGCAUCGGCGACCUCCGGCUCUGUGUCCAAUGCCCUGGCGACGAAUCCCAGUGUGGUGGCCUCGCGCUGCGGACGUGGCUCCAAGUUCUCGUGCAACUGCAUUGCGCCGGACUGCAAGUGCAUGCAAACCGGUGGCUUUAUGGCCGCCCACCUGGCCAAGGCCACUGGCGUCUCGCCAGACUCCGGCAUCGAGUUCGACCGCUGGACCCCGUCAGACACGGGACUCAAAUGAGAACAGCUGGGCGGGAAGAGUUUCGUGCUGCCGCCAAGUCAGGAGAUCCUGGCAGCGGCCGUCGCCACAUCGCCGCCGCCCAUUUGCCUGGCGGUGAAUCCGGACAACAUGUCCCCGGCCAGCACCACCAGUUCGUCCACAUCGACCACGACUACGGCAGAGGCGGUCUCCGUGGUCGAGGUGGUGCAGCACCGCGACCAGGAGAUGGCCGAGGAGGACAUUGAGUCCGGGGGAGAAGACGAUGAGGAGGCGGCCUAAGUGCCAACGGCUUUCCCAACUUGGUUCCCACACAAAACACCCGUACGAACACAUACAUAUGAGCCGCUUAUUAAAUAGGGGUACGAAUUCAAACUUUAGCAACAUGUACAAAGUCUUGAGGAAUACCCAAAGUACACAUAUUAAUUAAUACCACGUAAAUAAAUUAAUGUUUAGUACAUUUUUAAGGUCGAAUGCAAACAAAAUCCAAUGUUAUCCACACGCAAACCAACUACAACUAUACAAAAAGAAAGAAAAAAUAAAAUAUAUAAAAUAUAUUUAUAUAUACGCAGUGUACAUGUUUGUAUUUAACUUCUAAGCCAAGUCAAGAGAAUAAAUAUAUGAAAGCCGAAACAAGAAUAAACAACCUAACUUUAAACUGUUUUUCUAGGCAUACAGUUUUAUUUUUAGUUUUAAAUUUUUACUAAAACUCGAAAUCGUUUAUAAUUGUAAAGUUUGUUAGAUGCGGAGCGAAUGCCGCGAAAAGACGCCCCUAAUAUAAAUAAACAUACCACUUAAUUACCGAAUGCCAAGUCAUAUGAGUGUAAAGCGAACUAAAUCCCGAAUAUCGAAGAAUUUUUAAAAUUGAAAACAAAACAAAACACUAAAACAAAGAAAAUAAAAUACAACCAUUUGCACAACACAAGUAACCACACAAAAACCUUUUGCCAAAAGCGAAACAUUUUUUAUGGUUUUUUAAAGGGUGGUCUAAAGAGUGUCGGCGCAGACCAUACAAGCUAAAAGAUUUUAGGAAGGUUUGAGAAAUUGUCUAGAAUGUAGGAAAAGCCGAUUGUUUGUAUAAAAGUACAUUCUACAAAUGAAGUGUUAAAGUUGGAGAACAGCAAGAUGGAAAUAAACGGAAGAUUAAUUUGUUAUGUAAUUGAUACGAAUAAAGUUGUAUGUCAGCUGUUUUCCAGUCAGGCAAUGUUGGUACAAAAUUUUAUCAGGUGAAGUUUCAUGAAACAAAAUAAAAACCAAACUAAAUCUGAAGAAAGGUUUACAUGUAAAACAAAACAAAAAGAAACAAGAAGAAAAAAUCCCAGAAACUUUUUUGGAAAAAUAAGGCUGUGCGCAAUAUAAAAACAAUAUAUUUAAAUGUAGAGAAAAGCAGAGAUUUAAUACACAAUUUGAUAUAAAAAAGGUUGAUAUACCAGAAUGGAAUGGUUAGUUGGAUUUAUAUAAUGAAGAACAAAUUUCUUUGGCCCAAGGCUAGGAUUUGUUCUAGCCAAAGCUCGACUGAUUCGAUUUGAUAGAGAUGAGAGAGAAGGCGAAGUGGUAAGUGCAGUGGUCAGAAUAUUCUAAAUUUUAAAGCUCAGGAACUAAGUCCAACCCCUUCGACGGGUUGCAAGAGUGCGACAUAGAUAUGCUUUGGGAAAUAUAGCACCCAACUCGAGUUGGCCUCACCAGAUAUACGAGUGCCGAGUCCAUAGUACUCCGCAUCCGAUAACAUUCCAUAUUAACUAUGUCCACAUUAAACAGUUUUUAUUGUAAAAUAACCUGAAGUUCCAAAGCGGGACUAGUUUUGAUUAGAAAAACGGCUUUAUUUAAGCAAACGAAUGAGUUUUUAAUAGGCAGCUAAUUACGGAUAGAAGUUCCUGUCAAAAAGGAAGCUUUGCGUGGAAAACCCUACGAUUUUGAACGAGCUUUCCCAGCUAAGCGCCAAAAACUGGGUUAAAUAACUUAAGCAUUGAACAAGUUUAAAAUGCCAAUUUAAUGUUGAAAGCCUCAGUCAGUAUAAAAUAACUAAGAAUACAUUUAUUAACUAUGAACGGCAUAGAAUACGUGUU